ACACACAAUUGAAUUGUCAACGAGACAAGCUUUUUCAUCGUUCCCGGAUUUUUGCAGUCAAGUCAAUUGAAAGUUGUGUGUUCCAAGUGUUAUAAGGAAUUUGCUGGCCACGAAAAACACCAAGGAUCCUCAGAUUCACCACAAAAGAAUUAGCAAAAAACUCUUCUCUUUUUGAAAAGUCAAUUGUCUAAAUAGAAGAAAGAAAAAAACCAAAAUGGCACAACCCGAACAAGAUAUUCCAACAUUCAAAUGCGUUUUGGUCGGUGACGGUGGUACCGGCAAGACAACAUUCGUCAAACGUCACAUGACUGGUGAAUUUGAGAAGAAAUACGUUGCCACACUCGGUGUCGAGGUGCAUCCAUUGAUUUUCCACACAAAUCGUGGUGCCAUCCGAUUCAACGUCUGGGAUACAGCUGGCCAGGAAAAAUUCGGUGGUUUACGUGAUGGCUAUUACAUUCAGGGACAGUGUGCCGUUAUUAUGUUCGAUGUGACGUCGCGUGUUACCUACAAGAACGUACCAAAUUGGCACAGAGAUUUGGUGCGUGUGUGCGAGAACAUACCAAUUGUGUUGUGUGGCAAUAAGGUCGACAUCAAGGAUCGCAAGGUGAAGGCCAAGAGUAUUGUGUUCCACAGAAAGAAGAAUCUACAGUACUAUGACAUCUCGGCCAAAUCAAAUUACAAUUUUGAGAAACCUUUCCUUUGGUUGGCCCGUAAAUUGGUUGGUGAUCCCAAUUUGGAGUUUGUGGCCAUGCCAGCCUUGCUGCCUCCAGAAGUCAAAAUGGACAAGGACUGGCAACUACAAAUCGAAAGAGAUUUGCAGGAAGCCCAAGAAACCGCUUUGCCCGACGAGGAUGAAGACUUGUAAACCUUCAAACCAACCAACCAUCCUCUCACACCCACACACACACACUUUCACCCUCCUCUUCAUUGUCGUCGUUUCCCCUCUCUUUCCUGCUGCUCUGCAUAUAUUCCGAUUCCCAGAAGUAAGGCUGCUGCAUUCGACAACCAUUUAUUAUUUUUUGUUAAAAAUAAAUUGGUUCGACUCCAUUCCACCAGAUCGGCCAAAAUUUGGAAGGGAAGGAAAAAGGAUAUUAUAUGGA